AUGGCACAUUUGGAAGAACGUCCGAGCGGCCUAGAUGGCUCUGCCUGGACCUGGAUCUUCGACCACUGCCUACGUUAUCCUGAAACCUACGAGAUUCCGCUUCGUACUAUGUACGCGCUGAACUGCAACCCGACCAGACAACCUAGCUCGGGAACCCGCACCCCCGAAACUGCUUUCUCAAAUCGCUCCUCCAGCUCGUCCAAAGCCUCCAUCUCCUCUCAGGACUUCAUCUUGGAUCCGGCUGCGGACUUCAGGGCACAGCUGACUCAUCAUAUUGCUCGAAUGCCAUCCCAGCCCUGCUCCCUACCGCCAAGUUUCGUGACCUCUUUCCUUCGUCGCUGUUUCGCUCCUCAAUUGGACGAGGUUGAUUUUCCUCAAGCCUUGACCGCCCUGGACUAUCUAAAGGACCUAGAAAAUCGCCGGAGAAGAGAGGUUGCGGCUGCCUUACAGCGACUGAAUAUCCAUCCCGACGACCUCAAGGAAAAGACCGAGCUAGCAAAGAAAUAUCCGGGGGUCCUCACAUGGAUCGAAUCGAUUAAUGUUCAAGGUCGUAGAGUUGAAGCUCUCUACACUCAGAUCUACCUCGGGCUUCGCCGCUGGAUCUUGAUCAAUGAGAUGUUGUUGGCACCAUUCAACAAGGCCAAUUGCAUUGCCAUGCUGAACACGCUCUUCCCUCCUGUGACGGAAGCGACGGUUACGCCCACUUCUCAGCUGACUCCGCAAAUCCUCAAAUCUCAGCGUGACGGAUUUUUCCGAUACAUAUCUGCUUUUGAGACCAACGGUAGGCAGAUACUAGACAAGGUGAUUACCCAGGGAGCACCCGAAGGUGAAGCGAAUGGAUGGCCAUUGGUUCGGGAAGCCCUGGACAAGUAUCUGCGAAUUGCCAAUGAGAUCAUCGACGAGUGUGGGCUGGUGAACGGUCCUUCCAGCUUCGAAGAACGAGAGGACCCCGCACCUCGUGGCCACAAGAGUCGGAAAGUCGACUCCGGCAUCAGCUUCGGAUCGACCGACAAGCUUCCCCCACCUUCGAUCCGCAGUGGCAACAGUAAUGAGGACAUUUUGGACAAGCCUCUUCCACCACCGCCGGAGAAACAGCCUCCCUUUAAAGCGGGUGGUUCGGCCCUUGAUCGACUGGCCCGCGAACUUCGAAAGCUCGGGGACGUUGGAAAGGCCAAAAGUCUCAAGAAAAUGAGGUCUACAAGUGCCCUCAGUAUCCGUCCAGAGAACCUCCCUAGUCACGCGCCAGAUGAAGAAUCGUACUUCGACACGGAUGAACUGAAGCGCAGGAAUCUGAUUUGGGAGGCUACCACUCGCAAGCGAACUCAUUCAAAACAAUCGAGCUCUGAUUCUCGAUGA